AAAAAAAAUCUUAUACUAGUAGUAUGUGACUAUGUGUUAUGAAUACGAGUGGUGAAAAGUACCGGAACCAUAAACGUAGAAAAAAUAUAUAUAUUAAUUCAAUCCAAAGAUGAUUGUGUCUUGUUAGUUAGACUUAGAGAGCACAGCGAAAUCUAGUUGCUUCUUUUUCUCAUCAGAUAGAACUUAAGCGUGAUUUGAAAGUAGCAAUGGAAACACCAAAGAGAUUCAAAGGAAAGGUUGCGAUCGUGACAGCUUCCACUCAAGGAAUUGGAUUUAGCAUAGCUGAGAGACUUGGUUUAGAGGGUGCUUCUAUUGUCAUCUCUUCUCGCAGACAGAGAAAUGUUGAUGAGGCUGCUGAGAAACUCAGGGCCAAAGGAAUUGAUGUAUUGGCAGUUGUUUGCCAUGUCUCAAAUGCUCAACAAAGGAAGGAUUUGAUAGACAAAACUGUUCAGAAGUAUGGAAAGAUAGAUGUUGUUGUGUCCAAUGCUGCUGCAAAUCCUUCUGUUGAUUCCAUUCUGCAAACACAAGAGUCAGUCCUUGACAAGUUAUGGGAGAUAAAUGUCAAAGCUUCUAUACUUCUUCUGAAGGAUGCAGCUUCUCACUUGAAGAAGGGUUCUUCUGUUGUUAUCAUUUCAUCAAUCGCCGGUUAUAACCCGCCAGCUUCUAUGGCUAUGUAUGGAGUGACCAAAACAGCGCUUCUUGGACUUACCAAAGCCUUGGCUGCUGAGAUGGCCCCUAACACGCGCGUAAACUGUGUUGCUCCUGGUUUUGUACCGACUAAUUUUGCUUCGUUCAUUACCAGUAAUUCUGCUAUGAGACAAGAGCUUGAAGAGAAGACAUUACUUGGAAGGCUUGGUACAACUGAAGACAUGGGUGCUGCUGCAGCUUUUUUGGCAUCUGAUGAUGCUUCUUACAUAACAGGCGAAACUCUUGUAGUUUCUGGCGGAACGCCAUCGAGACUGUAGCUUCCAUUUUCAUCUUCUAGUAGUUGGGGACAUCGGUAAUUUUAGCAUGCUUUUCAUUUUCUUUUUAAAUACUGCAAGGAUAUCAAAUGAUAAAGGUUGUUAAUUUUGAAGAGAGGGGGGGGGGGGGGGGGGGGGGGUUACUUUUAAAUAAUUAAUGAUCUAAUAAACAUACACAAGUUUUGUGUUAAAAAUAUGUUGGUUCUGUUAUGAUUCUGUUUAUUUACAGUUCGCAGGCUCUGUUGUUCUGCGUUGCAUUUAUGCAUUAUACUUUUUCCAUUGUUUUUA